AUGUUACGUCAAUCAGCUAGAACAACGGUUAAAAACGUUGUCAAUUCGUCGUAUCUCAAGUCUACACCUUUUAUGCUACGUGAAGUAAAUAUGAGAAAGAACUUUUACUCUACACCAAGCAUCAACAUUGACAACAAGAGACCGGAACCGGACGAAGUUUUGAGGAAUAUCGCCUCGUAUGUUCACAAUCAGGGAAUUACUUCUGGAGAAGCUUACGACACGGCCAAACUCUGUUUAUUGGACACCUUAGGGUGUGGGUUAGCAGCUUUGAAAUAUGACCAACCGAAGAAUUUAAUUAAGCCUAUUGUGCCUGGUACUAUCGUGCCAAAUGGUACCAAGGUUAUUGGAACGAAGUAUAGAAUGGACCCGGUGAAGGGUGCAUUCGCAAUUGGUACUUUAAUUCGUUGGUUAGAUUUCAACGAUUGUUGGUUAGCUGCUGAGUGGGGUCAUCCAUCGGAUAACCUUGGUGGUAUUCUUGCGGUAGCGGAUCAUCUGACCAGAUUAUCCAAGGCUACCGGUGGUGACGAGGGGAGAUUGUUUACCAUAAAGGAUGUGCUAGAGGCUAUGAUCAAGGCUCAUGAAAUCCAGGGUGUUAUUGCGUUGGAGAACUCUUUCAACAAGGUUGGUUUGGAUCAUGUGGUGUUGGUAAAAGUAGCUACCACCGCUGUUGUGUCAAAAAUGCUUGGCUUGACUGAAGCGCAGACCGUAGAAGCGUUGUCCCAAGCUUUUGUGGAUGGACAGUCGCUAAGAACCUACAGACACGCUCCAAAUACGGGCUCUAGAAAGUCCUGGGCAGCAGGUGACGCCGUGUCAAGAGCAGUGAACUUAGCUUACCUCGUGAAGAACGGAAGCCCCGGGACGAUUCCUUCCGUUUUAACGGCAAAAACUUGGGGCUUUUACGAUGUUCUCUUCAAAGGAAAACCAUUCACCUUUGAACAAAGGAACACUUUUGGCUCGUAUGUGAUGGAAAACGUGCUUUUCAAGAUCUCUUUCCCAGCGGAGUUCCAUGCACAAACUGCCGUUGAAGCUGCCCUCAAGGUUAACAAAGAGUUGGCUGAUUUAGGUAAAACCUAUAAGGACAUCAAGUCAAUCAGGAUCAGAACCCAAGAAGCCGGUGCAAGAAUUAUCGACAAGGAAGGUCCCUUGUAUAACUAUGCAGACAGAGAUCAUUGCAUUCAGUAUAUGACAGCAAUUCCUUUGAUCCACGGCCGUUUGACUGCAGACGACUACAGCGACGAAGUUGCUAGCAACCCUGACAUCGAUGAGCUAAGAGCAAAGAUGUACUGUGUCAAGGACGAUCAAUUUACCUUGGACUAUCACGAUCCUGCCAAGAGAUCCAUUCCUAACGCCUUACUUGUGGAAUUGAAUGACGGCACCAAGCUUGAAGAAGUAGUCGUAGAGUACCCAAUUGGGCACAGAUUGAGAAGAAAAGAAGGUGUUCCUCUAUUAAUGCAAAAGUUCUAUGGUCACCUACGUGAACACUUCAAAGGAGAUAUUGAGAAAGUUGAAACAAUCAUGCAAGCAAGCACUGAUGAUGACUUUUUGAAUAUGACUGUAGACAAGUACGUUAACAUGUACUGUGAAUAA